GGUUCCUCAGUAGAUCGUCAUCGGUCUGUCAGGUACAACGGGUGCAAUCUAAUUAUGAUUUUCCGGAUUGUAUUUCUCAUCUGCACGACUGCAGUGCUGGUCUGUCAUGCAGACAAUCCUGAGAACAAUAGUCUCGAUGGAGAGAUUACGCGAGACCAUCGAGUUACUGAAAUCAAUCUCAACCGGUGGUUCGAUCACUAUCUUCCGUUGAUUAAAAAGUACAUGGCGAUGCAUAACAUGGAGCCGAUGAGUUUACCAAAGAUGAGCUUGCCUGUUCCGGAUAUUCCCGGAUUCAAGCCAAAGGUUGAACUUAACAACGGAUUACUUCAUGGAGCCUCAAACAUUACUAGAUCUGGGAAUAUUAUUCAACGUGUCUAUGGGGAAUUAGUCGAUGUGGACAUGCAGCUCGACUGGAAAGAAUUACAGGUGGAUUACGAUUACUCCUUGAAGUAUUUUUUCUACAAACGCAGAGGAGGUCUGACCGGUAAAUUCGGGCAUUUGAAUGUUGGCGUGAUGGGAUCGAUCGACUUCAAAUCUCGGAAAGUCGAUCUGCGUUAUCUGAAAAUCGUGGACGCUGGGGAUUUCUCUCUCAAAUUGCGGGGACACUUGGUCGACCCAGUGGCCAAUGCCGGUCUGAAAGCCGUAACAAUCGCCUUCCGGAAGCGAAUGCUACGAGAGAUGGAAUAUCAGAUGAACGCAGCAGCUCAACUCAAGAUUCAAGAAGUUAAUAAUUGGCUAGCUGAUCAAACAAGCAUUCCAAUUCCCCAUUUAACAGAUGAAUUACCGGAAAUCUCUCUGUAAUUCCCGAUACAACCGAUAACUCUGAAUAAAUCAUAUCCAUAAAUCUCCAGAGAAGUUUGAAAA